ACAGUUCGCUCCUCGUUGGCCUCACGGUCCUUACCGCGUCUCUGCUCAGUAGUCCUCGUCCCUUCUCUCUCUCUCCAUAUCUUCCGUCACUUUGCUUUCUCUCGAAGGCAACAUCGAAUGCUCUCCAUCUCCAUCUAUCUCCCUCUCUCGCUCUCCCUGUUUUUGUGCGUGACUUGGGAGUCAGGGCUUCGAGUGAAAGGAGGCAGGUUGACAUCGCGCCAUCGAGACUUCAACGGGAGUGUCCGGUUCUCAAGAGGUGCGAUUUGAAUCUGGUCUUUACUAUAGUCACUUCUGAUCUCUUGCUCGCAAUCGAUGCAUGCGUCUGUGGUUCUUUGGAGCUUCCUUCGUCGACGCCGCGCCCGGAUUCUCAUUGCUGCGAGCUUCCCGUUUGCUCCGUGAUCCGUGUUGUUGCUACGUUAAGUUCUUAUUUUCCUUUUUUUCGUCUCUUCAUUUGAUCGUACAUCGGUUAUUCUAGUCAUUUGAGAUUUCCCUGUCGAUGCGUUCGAUUCUCAAUGAGCGACCGCGAGCUUGGGCGAUUCAACAGUGUUUGACUGCUUUUGAGUUCCUCAAUUUUACUUGCGUCCCAACGCUAUAGCUAUGAUCUUCAGUUACUUCAGCUCUGUGGGACUCAGGUAGAUUGUAUGGUGGACAUACAUUCAAUAUUCAUACGGUUGAUUUUUUGAAAAGAAAAGAAUAAUUCCAGGAGAUUUGCUUGUUUUAAGGAAUUGAUAAUGCGAGCUUCCUCGAUCAUCAGACUUCAUCCAUUCAGGUUUUUGGUCGGCUAGUCUGGUGACACAGAAACUACAAAGUUCUUUUAGACUUCUCCACGUGAACCACAGUGGAGAUGUCAAGCUUUGUUGGUGUUCUCGUGUCCGAUCCAUGGCUACAGAGCCAAUUCACUCAGGUUGAGCUCCGCAGCCUAAAAUCAAAAUUCACGUCAAUAAAGAACCAAAAAAGUAAAGUCGCUGUUGGAGAUUUGCCACCUUUGCUGGUGAAGUUGAAAGCUUUUAGUGAAAUCUUCUCGGAGGAGGAGGUUGGGAUAAUAUUGGCUGAGUCGAAUUCUGGCAUGAACAAUGAGAUUGAUUUUGAAGAGUUCCUUAGGACCUAUGUGAGUUUGCAUGCUCGAGCUGCAUCUAAAAAGGGCAGUUCAAAGAACUCUUCUUCAUUUCUCAAGGCUACCACAACCACCCUCCUCCACACGAUUAGUGAAUCAGAAAAGGCGUCUUAUGUUGCUCACAUAAACAGCUAUCUCGGAGAUGACUCAUUUCUGAAGCAAUUCCUUCCAAUUGAUCCAGCGACAAAUGAUUUAUUUAAUCUUGCUAGAGAUGGAGUUCUUCUGUGCAAGCUCAUCAAUGUUGCUGUGCCUGGGACAAUUGAUGAGCGAGCCAUCAAUACCAAACGAGUGCUCAAUCCAUGGGAGAGGAAUGAGAAUCAUACUCUGUGUCUUAACUCAGCAAAGGCAAUUGGUUGUACUGUGGUCAAUAUAGGCACGCAAGACUUGGUUGAAGGAAGACCGCAUCUGGUUCUAGCAUUGAUUUCUCAGAUUAUAAAGAUUCAAUUGUUAGCCGAUCUCAACCUCAAGAAGACACCUCAGCUUGUGGAAUUGGUAGAUGAUAGCAAGGAUGUUGAGGAGCUCAUGGGUUUAGCCCCUGAGAAGGUCUUACUGAAAUGGAUGAACUUUCAUCUCAAGAAAGCAGGCUAUAAGAAAACUGUUUCGAAUUUCUCUUCUGAUGUGAAGGAUGGAGAGGCAUAUGCAUAUCUGCUGAAUGUUCUUGCUCCAGAACACUGCAGUCCGGCCACACUAGAUGCAAAAGAUCCAGAUGAGAGGGCAAAAUUGAUACUCGAUCAUGCUGAGAGAAUGGACUGCAAAAGAUACUUAAACCCAAAAGAUAUUGUUGAUGGCUCAGCAAAUUUAAAUCUUGCGUUUGUUGCACAAAUAUUUCAUCAAAGAAAUGGCCUGUCUACAGACAGCAAAAGUGUUACAUAUGCAGAGAUGAUGACUGAUGAUAUUCAGACAUCAAGAGAAGAAAGAUGCUUCCGCCUCUGGAUUAACAGCCUGGCUAUUGGAAGUUAUGUCAACAAUGUCUUCGAGGAUGUCAGAAAUGGAUGGGUACUUCUGGAAGUGCUUGACAAGGUCUCUUCUGGGUCAGUUAACUGGAAGCAGGCAUCGAAACCUCCAAUCAAGAUGCCUUUCAGAAAAGUAGAGAACUGCAAUCAAGUAAUAAGGAUUGGAAAGCAGUUGAAGUUUUCUCUGGUGAAUGUAGCUGGAAAUGACAUUGUUCAGGGAAAUAAGAAGCUUAUACUCGCUUUCCUGUGGCAGUUGAUGAGAUUUAACAUGCUUCAACUUUUAAAGAACUUGAGAUUCCACUCCCAUGGAAAGGAGAUCACAGAUGCAGAUAUCCUGAAUUGGGCAAAUGAGACAGUCAAGAGCACGGGAAGAGCUACUCAGAUAGGGAGCUUCAAGGAUAAGAGUUUAGCUAGCGGAAUAUUCUUCCUCGAGCUUUUGAGUUCAGUGGAACCAAGGGUGGUCAAUUGGAAUCUUGUAACAAAAGGCGAAAGUGCGGAAGAGAAGAAGUUGAAUGCAACAUACAUAAUCAGUGUCGCAAGAAAGCUUGGCUGUUCCAUCUUCUUGCUACCUGAGGACAUCAUGGAGGUAAACCAGAAGAUGAUACUCACUCUAGCAGCCAGCAUCAUGUACUGGAGUCUACAACAGCCUGUAGGGGACUCGGAGUCGUGUCCCAGCCCCGCCGAGUCAACCAUCACCGUUGCUACUCCCGAUGCCUCCCCAGCACCAUCCAUAAAUGACGAGGACGAGAGUUCAUCCUUGAGUGGCGAAGUGUCAAACUUGACCAUUGAUGAUAAUGUCUCCGAUACGACAACAGUCUCCUCUCAUUUUGACAAUGAGGAGACUCCGGCAUGUGAAUGACCGAUGAGUAGGAUGCUGGAUAUAGGAUGGUGGAUAUUCAUUCAGGUCCCUCAGGGGAGAAGUCCCGUCUUUCCUUUCUUUUCUCCGGUUGCGAAAUAGCUUCAUCGGGGAUCGCAACCACCAUCCCUCUUGGAUAUAAUCUCCUCGGUCAGAGAAGCGGAUGCAGGAGGUACGUAUAUAUAUAAUCAGCAAAAGAGGUGGUUCGAAAAAUUGAUGAAGCAAAUGAAUGAUGUACGUUCCUUGAACCGCCCUGAAGUUGUAUAUUUCAGUUCGUCUUUUUUUGUUGUAGUAUUAGUUCUGUUUUCUCCUCUCUUUUCUGAUGUGAUAUAAACAUGCAUCAAGUCAUGCUCUUCAUGUUUAUUUCGGACAGGUAGUUUAGUCACAGAGUGUAAUUUGUAUGUCCUUUGCCGACCAGUUUUGCUUCCUUCACGGCAUGCUUAUGGAUCGGAGUUACUUUGGGCUUCGACCUUCAUGCACGUUGGAAAAAUUACACGACUUUACACUAAAUGCAUCAAAUUAAAAAUUCCUAUUCAUUUCGAUUUUUUUUACGUGA